UUUAUCAACAAAACCUCCAAAUCCCAAUUUACCAACACAAAGUUUUCCUCUCAACUCCUCUUCUUCUCUCAACUCAUUUCUCCAUUGCUUCUUCUUCGUCACCAAUCAACUCAAUUCCCCAUCUUUGAAACCUUUCAUCAGUCUUCAUUUUUCCAGCUCCCAAUGAAAUCCUUUUCUUAUGCACCGCAUUUCCCCUUCUGGGUACUUCAUUUUUGAAUGCCUUCAUUUAUGUCGGCCAUAGUUGCAGAGUAACAGAAACCCAGUUGGAACUCGAAGAACAAAAACAUCAACAGGGCGAUGUCGUGUUUACUUCCCCAAUUCAAAUGCCAUCCUGAAACAUUCUCAACAUAUCCAAUUUAAGACCGCGGCUAACUAUUCUCACCCAACAUUCGUUUCUUCCCACUGCUAAUUCCAUUUACACAGAUAGGCCGUUGGGUCCUCUUACUGCCCAAUUCACUCGCGCCAUCGACAAAGAGCUACAGAUUCUGUGGAUAAAUUUCCAUCCAUGGCAAUGGCGGUUUCAUUUUCACCUCUACAUUUGAAGCCUUCAUUCCACUCUUCUUCUCGUUCUCAGUUUUCCUGUUCCCUCCGCCCUGCCGUCAUCCUUCCGGGUUUGGGGAACAACUCGGGUGAUUACGAUAAAUUGAGGCUUCUUUUGAAAGAGCGGUAUGGUGUUCACUCUGUGGUUGUUAAAGUGUCGAGAAUUGACUGGCUGAGAAAUGCUGCUGGAUUGCUUGAUCCUAAUUACUGGCGCGGUACUCUCCGUCCUCGCCCUGUUCUAGAUUGGUAUCUGAAGAAAACAGAUGAAGCAAUUCAAGAAGCCAAGGAGUUAGCUCAAGGUGGGACUUUAUCCUUAAUCGGGCACUCAGCAGGCGGAUGGCUUGCACGAGUCUACAUGGAAGAAUUUGGUAUAUCUCAAAUUUCCAUGUUGCUGACUCUUGGGACUCCUCACCUGCCGCCUCCAAAAGGUGUGCCAGGAGUGAUUGACCAGACGAGGGGGCUUCUGAAUUAUGUGGACAAAAAUUGCUCAAAAGCGGGUUACAAUCCUGAAUUGAAAUUUGUAUGUAUAGCAGGAAGAUACAUCCAAGGCGCUCGCUUGUUUGGUGACUCAGAUGCAAACACCAUUCUUGCAGCUGCUUCUAUCUCCAGCAACCAACCAACUCCAGAACUAGCCAUCACAAACGACAGUAGUAACUCAACUGACUUAAUGGCGACGUCACUACGCUCUCGCUUUGUCGGGCAAGGAUACAAGCAGGUGUGUGGGGAGAGUGAGGUAUGGGGAGAUGGGGUGGUUCCAGAAGUGUCAGCUCAUUUGGAGGGAGCUAUCAACAUUAGCUUCGAUGGAGUCUAUCAUUCCCCUGUUGGAUCUGAUGAUGAAUUGAGACCCUGGUAUGGUUCCCCUGCUAUUCUUGAUCAAUGGGUUUAUCAUCUUCUCCAUUAAAUCUUGUUACCCUCAUAGUCACUCUCAAAUUAGUAAUAUUUAAUUUUUUUUUUAAUUCCUUUCAUCCAUGCUAAAUUGCCAUGUACGUUUUUGGCUACUAAGCUUGAAAGCUAACUCAACUAUAUAUGGUAAUUAUAAUAAUAAUAACAUCUAAGAGAGUGUGUUCUUUCUAGCA